UUCAUCAACUUUCAUUGUUGACAGCAAGCAUGGCUAGUUACAGAGUCGUUUGCUCUUUGGCCUUGCUCUUGAUUACGAUUCCGGCUUCUCGAGCGAUGCUGGAUUCGCAUUACUAUGAUCAAACAUGUCCACAGGCCGAGGCCAUCAUCUUGCAGACGGUUCGCAACGCCUCCAUCUAUGACCCCAAAGUCCCCGCUCGCCUCCUCAGGAUGUUCUUCCAUGAUUGUUUCAUAAGGGGUUGUGAUGCCUCUAUCCUGCUCGACACCACUACUGGAAACCAAGCCGAAAAAGAUGGCCCUCCCAAUGUUUCAGUCCGGUCAUUCUACGUGAUCGACGAUGCGAAAGCUAAACUUGAAAUGGCUUGCCCCCAGACGGUUUCUUGUGCAGAUGUUAUAGCUAUAGCAGCCAGAGAUGUAGUAACCAUGGUAUCUGGAGGACCUAGCUGGGACGUGCUAAAAGGAAGGAAAGAUGGAAGGGUGUCGAAAGCCAGCGACACUAUCAAUCUUCCAGCUCCAACCUUCAACGUGUCUCAACUCAUCCAGAGCUUUGCCAAGAGGGCCUUAGGAGUCAAGGACUUGGUCGCCUUGUCUGGAGGACACACCCUAGGGUUUUCACACUGCUCUUCUUUCCAAAAUCGCAUUCGCAACUUCAGCUCGAUGCACGAUGUUGAUCCCAACAUGAAUCUCCAGUUGGCAGAGGUGCUGAGAAAGAAAUGUAGGAAGCCCCACACCGACCGCAGUGCAGGAACAUUCCUGGACUCGACCUCGUCAAUCUUUGAUAACGAGUACUUCAGACAACUCACUCAAGGGAAAGGUGUAUUCGGGUCGGACCAGGCAUUGUUCAUCGAUGACAAUACCAAGUCGACCGUUGAAGCCUUUGCCAAGGAUCAGAGUCUGUUCUUUGGGGAGUUUGCGGCUUCAAUGGUGAAGCUUGGGAAUGUUGGUGUGAUUGAGAAGGGAGAGGUUAGGCUCAAAUGCGCUUCUGUGAAUUGAUACUAAUUGAGAUGUUUUUUCCACAGAUUAGUUCUUUCUUUCUUUCGUUCCCUUUGAUAUUGUAUUGCACACAAUUUUCACACACCUUACAAUCGUGGAGAGCCCUAUCAAGCUUAUGGCUGUAAGUCUGAAAAGCUACACUGAAUAAAUUGAGCAAUCAAUCUGCUGAUUCUGUUCGUGUACAAGUA